GUAUUUGGCAAUAUCACGACGCUCAGGAGAAGUCACCUCUAGUCCGCAGGGACCUGAUAAUUUGUAACAGCUAUAUUUGGACCUUAACUGCAGUGUUCGGAGUAAUAUAACAGGCUAUCAGGGUUUAUUUCAACUUUUGGUUAAGACAAAUAUGUAAUGUUUGCUCUGAUCACCUCAGUUUAGGUCCAAAUAUAGCUAUAGCAAAUUCUCAAGUCCCUGUGCUGUAGUCGGAGGAGAAAGCUCCAGAGAACCGCCGCCGUCCGAGGACUUAACAUUUGUAUAGAAUCAUAUAGUCGUCCGACUAUCAAACUCUGUUUUCUGUUAGUAUAGAGGACCAGAUCGCUAUUUCCUGUUAAUUUAGAAUUUGACAGGAAGUAACCACUGAUAACACGGAUAUGACGUCACUAGCCGUAUCACUCCUUGCCGGGCUGGCCCUUGCAACCACCUCACUUGCAGGGACUCCUGUGAAUUUUGACGAAAAUGCUAGCUGUGGGGUAGACACGUUCCAUAUCAGCCUUGGAGAUAGUGCAAACGUCACCACCGCCGGUAACAUUGCUUUGGGCACCGGUGACUGUGUCGCCACAUUUUUGGCCGACGACUCUGAAAACGGGUGCAGCGAUGAGCUCGUCCUGUGUGUCUCGGUUGAGAAAAUCAACAGGAUGUGCUAUGUGACCGCGGAAUUUACCUCUAGCCACAAGGUCUUGAAGUUGGACUGCUCCAUUGUGAAACCUCCUCCAGAGUGGUGUGUAAACGGCAACGAUGAACUGACCCUCCGUCUCAUCCAGGACCCAAUCAAAACACACACCGACUACGGCUUUGUAGCCUCAAUUUUUGCACGAUGUGCAAAAUACAAUACAGGACAGGGUAAUAUAUUUGGACUCCCCGCACCCGAACCAGAAGAUGAUAGAGUUACCUUUGUUGACGUCCAGGCUGCUAUCAACAGUACGCGCGUGAUUGGUAUUGUAGUGGGAGUGUGUCUGGCCUGUAUGUUUCUCAUCGCCCUUCUGAUCACCUACUUCUACUACAAGAACAAGGCCUAUACAGGUGUUCCCUCAGCAUAAGCCACGCCCAGUUCCGGUUACCAUCAUUCCCUGCCGUUCAUGUUGACCUAUCCGAAAGUAUUUUUUAUCACUGAAACGCUUAUUGCAUCCUGGAUUAUAAAAACUGUCCAGCGAUUAUGAACACCUGAAUGAAUUUUGGAACACUUGCACCAGUCUAGGACAUAUCUACCACAAAAGUGUCCUCAUAGAAAAGGCAUUACUGGUGGACCGGAAGGGAAACAAGAAAUAUUCACCACCAUGAUUUGGAGUGUCUGAAAGUACACGUGCAAGAGUAUAGGUGUCACGUGACACUGACAAGCAGCAUGUUUGUGUACUAAUUUUGGUGUAGAAAGAGUGAAAAUGUGUGUGUGCAUUUAAUAAACCUAUGCCAAUUUGUCUUGCAGACACAUGCAACCGAAAAACUAUUCAUAUAUAUAAGACACAGAAUGGUUUAAAACCCACAGCAAUAUUUUGUUUACUUUUUCAAAAUUUAUAUAUUGUAUAGUAUGUGUUUUUUUAAAGAUAUGUUGAUUUUAUUUGAACAUGAAAAGAGCUCAGGACGAACGUUCGAAUGUUUGUAAUUUUUUUGACUGCAUCAUUGAAUUGUAUACUUAGUGCAUUUAAUAUCAAAGAUACUGGAACACUAAAAUGUAUUAAGGUUCGCCCCUGGUAUCAUGGUGUUGAUCCCUGGUGAAUGUUAGAUAUAAAAUAUUCUAUGAUUAAUACACAUUUACAUAAGGCUACUUAUUUCUCUGACAGUGUCAUAAAUACAUUUGACAGUGUCAGAGCUGUAUCGGUAUAUUUGAUAGUGUCAUGGUACCAGUACAAUUUAACAGUGUCAGAAAUACAUUUGACAGUGUCAGAGAUGUAUCGGUACAUUUGAUAGUGUCAUGGUACCAGUACAUUUUGACAGUGUCAGAAAUGCAUUUGACAGUGUCAUAAAUACAUUUGACAGUGUCAGAACUGUAUCGGUAUAUUUGAUAGUGUCAUGGUACCAGUACAAUUUAACAGUGUCAGAAAUACAUUUUGACAGUGUCAGAAAUACAUUUGACAGUAUCAGAACUGUAUUAGUACAUUUUAUCAUUUCAAGUUACAUUUGAUAGUGUCAGAGAUGACAUCAGGAUUAGAUCCGGAUUCUAAAACAAAUGACAGUGUCCAAGGUACUUGUACAAACGAUAGUAUUAUACAUACUCUCAUAAGUCUAAUUUUGUCACACAGUCAAACUGGUGAAUGGCUAAUGCAUAAUUUUACCAAAGUUUAAUCAAAGUUGUCACAAAAAUAAAAUAGUAAAGAUUAAAACAAAUCAACAACUUACUAGAUCUGUGGAUAUCCCAGGCCUGUAAUAUUAUGCCGGCAUGUCUUCAUGUACCUUCCCUGUAAUUGCAUUAGGAAAUCUCCCCCCACUGUUGAUGACGUCACCAUUGCUGGACCAAUGCAAAACAUUCCUAUCUACGUCUACAGUAACCUUUAGUGUGGAGGACACUGUCCUUUAACACAUUUUAUGUAUGAUAUAUUAAGUGGAAAGUUCGAUCUCAAAGCCCGAAGACAUUUAUAAUGUAUAUUUCAAUGUCAUGAUGUCAUAAAGAUAAACUAUGUCUAGUACCUGUAGUAUUUUGCAGCUUUGGUGAAGUGGUCACGUGAUGUUUGUCAGUGAUGAAGAUGUCACGUAAUGUUUGAAAGUGAAAUGGUCACGUGAUGUUUAUCAGUGAUGCAGUGGCCACCUGAUGUUUGUCAGUGAUGAAGUGAUCACGUGAUGUUUGUCAGUGAUGAAGUGGUCACGUGAUGUUUUAAUCUAAUUAAAAUCAGACUUUUCUUUUCAUUUUGUUUUUCUGUAUUUCGUUACAUAAUGUCUAUCUAAGUGAAAUGAAAAAUCCGAUUUUAGUAAGAUUUUUGAUGAUGGCCUGUGAUUGAAGUGACCUUGAUAUCUGUGUUGGUACACCAAGGUACGAACUUAUUCUCCAGACUUAAAUACUUACUUCCAGGCCAACAUCAAAACAUAGGCACUUAUAUGUUAUAAGCAUGCAGUAGUAGAAGUAGACGCUCCAGUUGUUGUAUUCUGUCCAGUAUAAGUAGUAUCCGAAACACUGUCGAAUUCUCCUUCAAAGCAUAAUCAAUAUAGAGAUUCAGGUAUUUUAUUUUUACCACGUUUUCUCAAAUCAAAAUUCUAUAUUUUAUAUGAAAGUGACCAAUGCAUCCUUGCCUAUGUCAAUGAUAUCUAGCCCGUCCCCACAUUUAGAAAGACUACAAACAGAACAGCCGACCUGUCGGUAGUUAGAGACUUAAAACAAUCCAGUUCACAGGGGCCUGGUAAUUCGGAGUAAAAUCAUCAGAGUCCGCAGUUCCCCGAGAAAUUGGCUAAUAUCAACCAAGAACACCAUUACCAACAUACAGUAGGGGCCCGAGAGUCGGCAUACACUUAGCCAAUCAACAGGUGCCAGAUAAUAGGCUUUACUGUGAGGUGGAUUUAGUUUUUGGAAUAUCGCCAAUCAUGUAAAUUUAGUACAAAAAAGAAACGCCAAAUUAAAAUGUGUAUCUGCAAAAGAACACCACUAUUGGCUCCUGUUGCUCAGUCUUGGUCGUUGCUAAGGGGACAUCGUGAGUAGGCUUGUAUCAUUCAUCCACGGCUAACUGGUGCCUUUCCCCACAAUGUGCAUAAUCAAAAUGCAAAUGCAUAGGAACAGGGCAAUUUCCCUCCGACGGUUCCCAUUUUCUCUAUAGUUUUACUGUGACAUACCCAUACUAUUUGGUAGUACUUUCAGAAAGUCGUCUUGUUGCCAUAGAUACACAGAUUGUGAGACUUUACGUAUUAGGAAUCUUUCAAAUUUUUAGUUAGAUCUUUCUUAGCUGAAUUGGAAAUAAAAUAUUUUUUAAUUUUA